UUUCUGUUUUCUUGUUUCACCACCCAUUUUUCUUCCAAUGGAAUCGUCUAUGGGUCAAAAGAAAACAUUGUACGCUUGUGUUUUUCUAAUGAUGGUGUUUUUUCUAGACUUCAAUUGCGUCCAUGGACGAACCCUAAAAGACAUAAAAAUCAAUGAUGGUCCUGGUGAUAGCAAGAGGAUGAUGGCGGUGCACAAUGAUCUCAUGGUUGAUGAGAAGGCAGUGCAGUUCUCGCCGCCACCACCACCAUCGUCACAGUCGUCCGAAGGUAAAGGGCCAGAAGAUUUCAGGCCUACGAGGCCCGGCAAUAGCCCUGGCAUUGGCCAUAGUUUACCCCACACUUAA